AUGGGCACAAUUCAACUCUCCUGCAUCCAGAUAGCCAUAGGCUUGCUCUUCCUCACUCAAGCCAAGAGCACCAAAGAGGAGACAUCUGCCCAUCGAAACUAUACCAUCACCAGCUGUAUUUCGGACGAGAGGUCUGCCCUUGUCACCUUCAGGGCAGGCCUCUCAGACACUGCAAACCGUCUUUCAUCAUGGAAGGGCGGUGACUGCUGCCAAUGGAAGGGCGUCCACUGCAGCAACAUUACCGGCCGUGUCAUCAGGCUCGAUCUCCAUGGACCAGAUUGCCACAACAGCAUUGUGCAGGUGCUUGGAGGUAACAUAAGCUCCUUGCUGCUUGGUUUACAACACCUACAGUAUCUCGACCUCAGCUGCAACAGGUUCGAGUUGCAGAUACCAGAGUUCUUAGGCUCCCUCUACAACUUGAAAUAUAUAGACCUAUCAAAUUCAUACUUCGUUGGAAGGGUACCCCCACAGCUUGGUAAUCUCUCCAACCUGCGUUACUUCAGUCUUGAUUCCACUCUUGGUGACACAUACUCCAGGGAUAUCACGUGGUUGUCCCGGUUAACUUCCCUUCAACACCUAGACAUGACAUUUGUAAACCUUAGUACAAUUGCUCAUUGGCUUCCGGUUGUGAACAUGCUUCCAUUUCUAAAAAUUCUCCGUCUUGGAUAUUGCGAUCUUACAAGCAGCCCUGAUUCUCUUCAGUUUUCAAAUCUGACAUCUCUUGAAAUACUUGACCUUCCGGCCAAUGACUUCCUCAAACGUAGCACGCCAAACUGGUUUUGGGGUUUAACUAGACUUAAGUAUCUAGAUAUAUCAGCGAGUGGUCUCCAUGGGCCGUUUCCCGACGAGAUAGGUAAUAUGACCUCCAUGGUUAGACUUGAUUUAUCAAGCAAUGACCUGGUGGGCAUGGUACCAACUAGCAUGAAGAAUCUUUGUAACUUGGAAGAGUUGUUUCUGUUUGAAAACAACAUCAAUGGGUGCAUAGCAGAAUUCUUCCAACGCUUACCUAGUUGUUCAUGGAAUAAGUUACAAACAUUGGAUCUACCUUUUACCAAUCUGACUGGAAGUCUGCCAACUACGCCAGUACCCUUAAGCAACCUGACAAUCCUUGAUCUAAGCUGUAACAAGCUCACAGGCCCCCUGCCGUUGUGGAUAGGAGAGCUCACAAAGCUAAAAUCAUUGUACCUUGGCUCCAACAACCUGGAUGGGGUCAUACAUGAAGGUCAUUUAUCGCGUCUAGACAUGCUAGACGUGUUGACAUUGUCUGACAACUCCAUAGCCAUCGUAGUCAGCCCAGCUUGGGUUCCUGCCUUCAAUCUAACAACACUUGAACUUCGAUCCUGCCAGCUAGGGGCCAAGUUUCCAAUGUGGCUUAGAUGGCAAAGACAACUAUAUAGUCUCGAUAUAUCAAACACAAGUAUAUCUGACAUGUUGCCAGAUUGGUUUUGGGUUUCAACUUCCUCAGUAUUUUAUAUCAAUAUCCGAGAUAAUAAGAUCAGAGGAGUCCUCCCAUCAACAAUGGAAUUUAUGAGAGGAAUAGCAAUGGAUUUUAGUUCUAAUCAGAUCACUGGUCCAAUUCCUAAGCUUCCUACAAAUCUAUCCAACCUAGAUAUCAGUAGGAACAAUUUAGUAGGACCAUUGCCAUUAGACUUUGGAGCGUCGGGACUUCAAACACUUGUUCUGUUUGACAAUUGUAUCUCAGGAAACAUACCAUAUUCUCUGUUCAAAUUGCAAUCACUCAGUCUGUUAGACAUAUCAGGAAACAAUCUAACUGGGUCAGUUCCAGAUUGCCUAGACAAUGAAUCCACAACAAACACAACUAGUCUGAGUAUUCGUAACCUAAGCUUGAGAAACAACCACCUCUCUGGUGAAUUUCCUUCAUUUCUCCAAAGCUGCAACCUACUCAUCUUUCUUGAUCUUUCAAAUAAUCAUUUCUUUGGGACUUUGCCAACAUGGAUUGGGCAGAAAUUGACGUCGUUGGCAUUCUUACGUCUGCGAUCAAAUAUGUUUUAUGGCCACAUUCCAGUGGAGCUUAUGAAGAUCAGUAAUCUUCAGUAUUUGGACCUUGCCUACAACAAUAUAACUGGGAGCAUACCAACAUCCAUUGUUAACUUCAAAGGGAUGAUACUAAUGGGAGAUGACGAUGCUGGAUAUGAAGAAGCAUUUGGCCAUGGUUUGGCAAUCGGUGAUAAUGAAUUGGUGGACUACAGUGAGAGUACUCACAAAGGGUCAAGAGAGAUUAUAUACAGGAGAAAUCAUAUUUAUGGUGAAUCUUCAUUUAUCCUCAAAUAA